AUGAAGACCUCAGUGUUAUUUAUUCUAUCUUUCGUCGCUUUAAUAAGUGCACAGCCUUUUAAUGGCUUAGACAUGAUGGGAAAAGGACGGCGGUACGGCAUGGGUUAUGACAACAUGAGACCUGGAAGUGGCAUCGAUUUUGACAAUGAAAGACGUUAUCCUAGUGAAAUGGUACCAGGUGCUGGGAUAGUAUUUGAUGAUGGCAUGGGUCCAGCUAUUGGAAUGCCGGGUACCGGAAUGGGUUUCGAAAAUGGAAUGCCUGCUACAGGAAUGGCGUUCGAAAACGAAAUGAGGCCGGAAUAUGGUUUAGGUGGAAUGAACCGUGGUGGUCCGCGAGGAUACGGUUUUGGUCAGUUUGAGAACGGCAAAGAGUUCGCAGGCAGACACUUCAGUAAUGGUGCAAGCGGUAUGCAAGGACAAGCUUUCAAGAACUCGGGUGGUAAACAUUAUCACAACAUUGGGUCACACCAUCAUCAUGCUAAAACUAUCAAGGAAGAGGAAAACGACGAAAGUCACAACAUCGGUGGAAGCGAAGGAUUCGACAAUUCUGCGAAAUCUGGCGGCGCUUUCCGGAACUAUCAGAAUGGAGGCGAAGCUUUUGGAAAGGAGUUCGGUCAAGGAUCUGAAGGUGUAUCGUUUUAA